GUUUCACCCCACAUCAACAACACCUAUUUGUGAGUAUAUUCGCUCAUAUCUCAAGACGGCAUUGCGCAGCACAGCAGCUUGUCCGAUUUGGCAAUGCCAGUCUAGUGUCUUUCAGCGUGGACUCGAAGCUCUGCACUUGCUUCGACGCCCAUCAGCGUGUAGGCCGUCGAGAAGGGCGAACCCGUAUGCACUCUCCCGGCCAUGCUGAGGGAAUCGGCGAAUAGUUGGGCGGGAUCGGCAGAUGCUGGAAACGGGAUGAACGGGAGGAAGACAGGCGCGAUGGGAAGUGACUGCUCGGGCUAUCCCCCAUUGUAGCCACUAACCUGCUUGGGUGUUGUUCGGCAGGGAGGCCCCUUAGAUGCUUCGCUAGCUGUCUGCAGCUCUGACGCCCACAUCCGCGUAAUCUUUGGCCACCUUCCGUGAAUAAGUCUGCUUACACGAGCCUGCCCCCCUGUUUGCUUUGGUAGCUCAAGAUGCCGAAGAUUUACAAGCCAGGCAAGGUCGCCGUCGUCCUCCAGGGCCGUUUCGCCGGCAAGAAGGUCGUUGUCAUCAAGCAAUACGACGAAGGAACCCGCGAGCACCCUUUCCCUCACGCAAUCGUUGCCGGCAUCGAGCGUGAGCCUCGCAAAGUGACCAAGGGCAUGGGCGCAAAGAAGUUGGCACAGAGGAGCAAGGUCAAACCUUUCGUCAAGGCUUUCAACUACCACCACUUGCUACCUACUCGUUACGCGCUUGAGCUGGAGGGUCUUAAGGGCACAGUGUCCCCAGAGACUUUGAGGGAGCCAUCGCAAAAGGAGGAUGCCAAGAAGGUCGUGAAGAAGCUGUUCGAGGAACGAUACGCAUCUGGCAAGAGCCGCUACUUCUUCCAAGCGCUGCGCUUCUAAGCAGCUUUUCGGAGCGCGUCGUCUCUUUGGUUUCGUCAUUCAAGCACCGCACUAUGACGCGAGUCUUUCGAUGCUCGCCUACCUUCCGCGUCACCCCCUCCUUGCGAACAUCGCGACUUUCUGGCGUGUGAGCCGCGAUGCUGUACACAUGCAUUCACCCACACUCACGCUGAGCGGGCCGACAGCCUGACUUGUCAAGUCACUGCCAUGACUCCCUCCACCCACAAAAUUGUAGUCGCAGACUGCUCUUUCAAGCAUACAUGCAUUUCUCGACGUC